AGAGCACCGAGGCUGAUGCAUGAGUGGUUGUGUAGUAGAUAGACUAGUAGAAGAACCGCAUGUGAAAGCUAGGCAGCGAUGGUGGCGGCGUCGGCUGUUGUAAAUAGCGAUGUGUAACGCAGAAGGUUUAGCUGGUCACCUUGAUAUCCAGCCAUGGCUCUAAAGGUGUUACAAAGAGCUCAGCAGCUGGGUUUGAUUGGGUCUCCUCUCCUCUCCUCUGUACGCUUCCUGAGUGUGUGUGGCCCUCAGGAGCAAGCUUGUGUGGUGUGUCCGUGGACUUCCUCCAGCCGCUGUUCCCUAAGACAUGGCUGUCGUCGGGCCCGUUGGCCACUGCCCCCACUAUCACCAUCACCAGGGAGGAUGGGUGUCUGCUCAAUGGCCGUCCGUGACCCAUUGUUGGAUGUGGCAGGAACGGUGCGUCUGCAUCGGGACUCUCCUCCUGAUGGUGGCGUGCGCCUGUCCCUGACAGGGGUGGCUUUGGGCUCGAGGGAACAGGAGCAAGCCAUGUUGGAGCGUGUAUCCUCCUGUGGCACCUCGCGACAGCUGCUACGCACGCUGCGCUCCUCACUGCUCCUCUCUGACCGCGUCGCCGCCGCCAUCCUCCACCGGCUGGCCGACCUCGAGCAGGAUGGGGCGGGUGGGCUGCGGGACCCCACGGUCCUGUCGGACGAGGCCUUACGGGGCCUGUGCCAGAGGCUGGAGCAGGAGAGCAGCCGCCUGGGGGACACAGCGCUGGUGUCCACCCUCCUGGCCUGCACGCGCCUCUACCUGGACCCCUGGAGCCGGCUGCUGGUGCGGCUGGUGUCGGAGAGCCAGGAGCGUCUGGACAAGGAGAGCCUCGGCGUGGCAGAACUGUGCAUGCUGGCCCAAGCCCUGCUGGCCCUGGAGGGCCCAAACUGCACCAUGCUGGGCCAGGUGAUGGAGCAGCUCCAAUGCAGCGACCCAGCCCAAUGGAGCCAGGAUGAGCUGGCGGCUGUGUACGGUGCUUUGGGGGCGGGUGUAGCGGAGGGUGGGCGCUACCAGGACUUGCUGAACACCAUGCACACCCACACACUCUCAGUGACUGGACGCUUGGAGCCGAUGGCAGUGAGCGAGGUGCUUGGAGCCUUGGUCGCAAUGGGUCAGAGCCAAGCACUGCCUCUGGUCAUUGCCCUGUGCAAGCAGGCUGUGCGCCACGUGCCUGUCUUUACUGAUGCCCAGCUGGCUGCUGUGCUGUCUGCCCUCAUAUACUUUGGCCACAGUGACCACUUCCUAGUUCAGGCGCUGGAGCUCCACGUGCCCAAGAAGGCCUUCACGGCACAUCCUGAGACCGUCACCAAAGUGAUGCAGUACUUUGGCCGGCGCUGCAUCUGGUCGCCAGCCGUCUUUGACGCGGUCGCAGAGAGCUUUGUCUACCGCGCUGACGAUUACAGCACCAGCCAGGUGGCCAGACAACUGGAGGCUCUGGGGGUGCUGGGAUAUGUGCCGCCCAACGCAGCGCAGUUCUUCCGGAAGGUGGAGGCGCUGCUCCAUGCGCGCUUCUCCCAGUUCCAGCCACGGGUUCUCCUAGAGCUGCUGCAUGCCUGCACGCUGCUGCAGAGGUUCCCACUCAACUUCGUCUCAAAAGUUUUCAGCCCCUACUUCCUUCAGCAGCUACAAGGAAAGGAUUCGGGAACAGACAGGAUAGUGCUUGCUCAGCUCACACAGCUCUAUAUGACUGUGAAGCUGGAAUGUCCCUUUUAUAAUGGGCCGCAGCUUUUGCCAAAAUACCGUGUGAAGUCAUUCCUGAUGCCAGGACGCUUUUUGGAGACACAAGUUGAUGCACACCUCUAUAACUCUGUCAAGUCAGGUUUAGUGGAUUUGCUGGGGGCAAGAUCAUAUUUUGCCUCAAGGGUUUUAACUCCUUAUUGCUACACACUAGAUGUGGAGAUCAAGUUGGAUGAAGAGGGAUAUGUCUUGCCAGCCAGCCACAUUGAUGAGAUCCACAAGAGGAUUGCUGUGUGCAUCAACGGGCCGAAGAGGUUUUCUGCGAAUGCACAACAGCUGCUGGGUAAAGAAACCAUUAAACAGAGACAUCUAGGACUCCUGGGCUAUGAAGUAGUGGAGAUUCCCUAUUAUGAGUUUGAGAAGCUCAAAGGCAAAACAGAAAUAGUUGAGUAUCUCCACAAGAAGAUCUUCCCUCUAAGCUACAGACUCAGCUGGUGAAUGCAGACAUGUUCCAGCUAUAUGGACUCUUGACACUGCCAGGCAUCAUUUCACACUGACUCAAUGUUUAAUGGUUUAACUCAACAUAUUUAUUAACUUUGUAGUGAUUUUGCCAUACACCAUAUUGUACAUCAUCCUCUGCCAUAUUAAAGUACACUUGAGGUUUAUA